GCCCGUGGUAAAGUUGCACAGAAGAAAGAAAAUGGUACAAAUGUAGUUCCCAGUUCUUUGGCAUCUUUACCCGGUAUGGCAGGAAGCAACAAUAACAGGAGACUGAAUUCUGCAAGUGACUUUGUGCCUGUUGAGGGCACCAGGCAUACAGGUGACUCAGAUGUUGACACCUUGUUGUCUUCGCAACCUACAUCAGGAUAUCAGUCUCCAUGGAUUGGAAUCCCUGGUCAGCCUUCCAUGGCAGACAUUGUGAGGUCUGGAAGGCCACAAAAUAAACCACCUAGCUUGCCAGUUUCAACCAUUUCAGCUUCUCAGGCACUGCAAAGUACAAAUCCAACACAGUUGUCCCACCAUGGUGUCAAACAAUCCCCCAUGAGUGCACCAGUUCCAUCUGUUCCCCAACAUGAAUUAUCAUCUCCACAAGACCAUACAACUGAGAGUCGAAGUGCAUUGAACCAUGAAUCAAAUGUAGCUAUAACUCAGCAUAUCAAUGAUGAUGGCUGGCCAGUGGUAGAGCAUUCCUCCACAAAUACACCUUCUUCCAUAUUAGAUCCACCAGGUGCUUCGGCUGUUUACUCUAACCGGAAUGCGAUAUCAAAUCUUCAAACAGAGAAGGUUGACAUGAAUUCCAGCUCUCAGCAAGAUGAACUGUCCAUUUCAGAUCAAAGUGUUGGUAUUCAGCCUUUACCUGAUGACACAAGUGGAACUGCACCAGCAGCAGAUAUGCAUAUAGUCAUGGAGAAUUCUGGAGUCCCACAUGAGUCCAGUCGUUUCAAAGAUGCUCACUACAGUGCCCAUGUUGCGUACCAAUCUCAAGGAGUGACCUUUGAAAACUCUGGAGGGGUUGGGGAUGACUCAGCUCAUUCUACACAAGAUUACCUUGUUUCUACAUCUGUUGAGGAUGUUAAUGCAGCCCUGUCAUCAAACUUGACACAGUUGCAGCAGCUGAGUUUAGGGAAAGAUGAAGUUGCAUCAUCACGAUUAGAGGAUAAUAUGACAGUAAUCAUGCCAAAUCAUCUUCAAGAUCCUUCAGUGGAUUGCUCCCAUUUGAGCUUUGGUAGCUUUGGUUCUGGUAUCAGUGCUGCAUUUUCUGCAUCUUUUGGAACCAAAGUUUCAAAGGCUAACCAGGAGGAGGUCUCUCUAUCAGCAGUUUCCUCUUCCAUAGGGGAAACUGAUGCCAGAAACCCUGAGUACUCUGAGAGCGAUCAUCGACAAACUGCUGAACUUGAGAAUCUUGCUCCUAGAAGUGAUUCUCUGGAAACAUAUGAUUCUGCAUCUCAACAACUAGAGGUUGUCAAAGACGACAAGGUGGAAGCAUCACAGGCACAUCUAUACCCAUAUCCAACAUCUGUGCCCAAUUAUGGAUUUGAAAACCCUGAGCAAGAUACUGUCUCGUCAUAUCCAUUUAGGCAAACAGAUCAGGGUCUUUCCCCCUUGACAAGUGUUAUGCAAGGAUAUGGGAGUUCGUCACAGAGCAAUUUCUUGACAUCUGCAGCACAGCCUGGUAGAGAAACUGAGCUUGUGUACUCACCAUUCCUCGCCACCCAAUCUAUGCCAACAAAGUACAGUGGCACAGUAUCCUCCAUCAGUGGUCCAAGCAUUUCUACACCUGAGGUAGGAAAGCCUAAUGUUUUCCCUACUCAGUCAACUGCACAAAGCCUUCCAGGUGGCAAUUUGCCCACUGCUCCAAGUCUUCCUCAGCAUGUGCCUUUGCACGCAUAUUCCCAGCCCACUGCUCUUCCUCUAGGACAUUUUAACAGCAUGUUAAGCUAUACCUAUGGCCCACCAAGUUUUGCUUACUUACCUUCUGCAUUUCAAGCAUAUGCUGGGAAUAGUGGCUAUCCAACACCUACAGCUGCACAUGGGGCUGGAAUGAAAUAUUCUUUGCCUCAGUAUAAAAACAGCAUUUCCACCAUGAGCAAUUUGACCCCUUCUGCAGCCAUGGCUGCUGGUUAUGGUGGUUUUGGGAGUUCUGCAAGCGUUCCGCCAAGUUUUGCAUUGAAUCCCUCUACAAGUGCUGGAGGUACGCCUACGGUUUAUGAUGAUAUUCUUGGCUCUCAGUUUAAGGACAGCAGCAGCCAUUUUGUGUCUGUACCACAGAACGAAGGCUCUGCAAUGUGGUUGCAUGCUCCUGGUUCAAGGUCCAUAUCUGCCGUUCCUACAAAUACAUACUACACAUUGCAAGGGCAACAGAAUCAGCAAAGCACAUUCCGACAGGUGCAGCAGGUUUCACAUUAUACUGCUCCUGCCCCCGGUUACCCCAAUUUCUACCAUUCCCAGUCUGGAGUUUCACAGGCAGGCCUGGAACACCAGCAAGCGCAAGCUGAUGGUUCCACUACUCAAGUCCCCGCUUCUCAGCAAUCUCAUCAAAUCUGGGCGCAUACCUACUGAUUCUUCUGGGUAAUUUAAUGAGUCUAUGAUGGCUGCUCCAGAAUUUGUCACGUUUUAUAUUUAAAGCUGUCAGUUUGAGGUUGCUUUUAACUGUACAUAAUAAGUGAACCGAAAAAAGAAAAAACUGUGUUCCACGAGAACAGAUUACUGGUUGGCCUGUGCUGGAGGUUGUAUUCUAGUUGGACUUAGGUAUGUUCGCUUGACUAACUAAUUUAAUCCUUUUCACUUUUUUUCUUCA